CCUAUAAUGCCUUGCGCACUCGCCACGUCCGCAGCAGCCAUCGGCACUUUUGCAUGAGUUCUUCGAGGUAGCGGAGAGAGUAAACUUGCAAAAUGAAUAUCUUUCGGCUCAUCGGGGAUAUGUCCCAUCUCUUGGCAAUAGUUUUACUGUUGCUGAAGAUGUGGAAAACGCGAUCUUGUGCAGGUAUUUCUGGCAAGAGUCAGAUCCUGUUUGCCUUGGUGUUUGCCACCCGCUACCUGGACCUUUUCACUGCUUUCAUUUCGGCAUACAACUCUACCAUGAAGCUGUUCUUCAUCUCCACAUCCUUGGUCACGGUUUACCUCAUGUACUUCAAAUUCCGUGCCACGUAUGACGCAAACCACGACACCUUCCGCCUCGAGUUCUUGGUUGUGCCCGUUGGUGGCCUGGCUUUCCUGGUGAAUCACAACUUCAGUCCCCUCGAGAUCCUGUGGACAUUCUCCAUCUAUUUGGAAUCCGUGGCCAUCUUACCUCAGUUGUUCAUGAUGAGCAAGACCGGAGAGGCUGAGACUAUCACGUCUCACUACUUGUUUGCUUUGGGAUCGUACAGGGCUCUGUACAUCUUGAACUGGGUCUUCCGCUAUUACUUUGAGGGAUUCUUUGAUUUGAUAGCUGUCGUUGCUGGCUGUGUUCAGACAAUUCUCUACUGUGACUUCUUCUACUUGUACAUCACAAAAGUUUUGAAAGGAAAGAAGCUCAGCUUACCGGCAUAGAAGUCGUCUAGAGGUAUGAAUCUGCUGCCAUUCGCUCCACCAAAUGUGCAGACAAGUUUGGUUGCCAACACGCGAAGAUCAUGGGUGUUGUCUUUAUUUGGAUUUGAAAAAAUGUUCUUUGCAAAACCCUUAUUUUUUAGUCAUAAAAAAAGUUUUCAUUAAAUGCCAAGCGCUGUCAACGUUUGAAUGAGGUAAAUAGAAGUUUUAUCAUCUGCUGCGCUAUCGGCAUUGCAUGUUGUAUUAUUGGAAAUUGUCAGUUGUUUCAGAUAAUGUUACAGUCUGACAAUUGUCUUCUAGCAGUAUGGUUGUAUUUGUUUUUGUUCAUUUGUUUGUUUGUUCUGUUUGGAUUUAAUCAUGAUAUAUAUAUAUGUUUCUUCUGUCCUCUCUUCUUUAUUACAUUUCUUCAUCACGUGUCAUUUAAAAUUUUGGAGACGAGGAAAACUGUUUGCUUGUAUGGGAGGUUUUGAAUGUAUUUUCUCUCAUAAUGUAGCUGUACUUAUUUUAAAUUCAGAUUGUGACAAAAGCAACAUGCUCCAAGGUUUUUGAAAUAGUGGCACUGUUAGAAAUAAAGGUCAUGUUUACAUAUCAGCAGUUUCUUUAAUUGUUAUUUUGAAAAGUAUGUUACUUUUGGGGCAUGAAAACAUUUUGAGUUAUGUUUGUGAGGCAAUGUUUUAUUGAUUGAUUUGUCUCCAUGGAACUCGCUUAGAUCGGCAAGAAAUUGUUUUAUUUUAAAAAACUAGUCUUAAUGUCUGAGAAAUGCAGUUCCUUUUGUGUGGCAUGUUGCUUUGUAAAACUGACGUAGAAUGCUUGCUCUUUUUUUUUUUAGUGACUUCUCAUUGAUUUGCUUCUCCUCCAUCUGAGGUCAUUGUUGUGUGCCAGGUGUUUUCUUGGAUAUGAAUUCAGAAAGCAGAGAAUGCACUGUUUGCAUGGUGAGACUUUUUAACUUGAGAUUCAGUGAAUGAUAAUGGGGAGUGUUGUUUGUACAUUAUUUUUUUCAACUUUUAAUUUCGGGGAGCUCGUGUGUUUGGGGUACGGCACUCUUAAAAACUGGGUCUUACUUGGAAAUUAAUGAAGUCAGUCGGUGGACAUGUCUGGAUGACUUUUCACUGAACAAUACUGACCGUAACUUGCCUGUCAUAAACAUGGAAAUCUGGAAAUAUGACUACCGUGUGCAUUGCAAGAUCAUUGUUCGUUUGUCGUGGGAUUUUAAAGUACUUUUUUCUUCUUUUUAAAUGUUUUUUGUGUCUGGAUUAAUUUUCAGUGUCUGUUCUCUUUUGUAGGGUUAAUUCAUUUUGUUUACGGUGUGAGUUUGCAUUAGUUCUUUUCGCAUUUAUUAAAAUUUCAUACUGUACAGGUUCAUUGACUAGGGCUAUCAGUACUUUAUCAUUAACAUUCUUUUUUUCUAUGUUUGGCUGUACACUAGUUUCUAACACUUUUUAAAAUAUGAGUUUUGACAACAGUUGUGAGUUGUAGUCUCAUCUUCAAUUCCCCCCCCCCCCCCCCCCCCCCCCAACUCUUCUUAUCCAUUUUACUGCUGUUUUUUUUUCCCGCAUUUUUGUUCGGAGGCCCUUUCAUCAUGGUUCUGGUGCAUUUUAUUUUAUUUUUACAAUCUCAUUGCCAGAAUUAUCAUUGAGCUCUUCUGGAUGAAGAGUGCAAUGAAAAAUUUAGGGCAUGGACACUCGAAUUGCACGUUCAAAAGACUUAUACACAGGAAUGGAGGAUGCUGACAUUGAUACUAUUACUUGGCCCUUCUAAGUUGGGGCAUUUAUCUUUUAGUGCAUCAGUCCCUUCCCUGUCAACACAGAGUGCUAAAACAGUCCUUUUAAAAAUACAGGUCUUUGUACGCCUACUGUACAUAGUGAGAGUGUGCAUGAGAAAAAGUUGUGUCAUUGUUAGGCAAAUGUCAUUUAACUGAACAAGUGCAUCGUGCAUGCGUGUGUGAGUAUGGAAAGACUGCUUGUGUUCAUUAUAUGGCUGAUCAUCUGCAACUGAGGUUUUAUCAUCAUACUCGUGAGGAUAGAUGUUUGAUACAGAAAUUGUUAUUUGCAAAUAAUGUAUGAUUAAACCAUUCAAUAUUUAAAGACAAAGAAUAGUUUUCAUUUACUGAUUUGAAAAAAAAACAACCCAACCCAACCCACCUUUAGUAAGCGGACCUAACAGCUUUGAUUUGGUAAUGGUGUAGGACUUUGAAUCAUCAGUAUCUAUUUUUAAGUAAUUUAAUUUCAUUCAGUGCACAGUCAAGGUCCUUUGGGUCUGCAUCAUUUUAUCGCCUAACUGAGAAAUACCGUGUGCAAGGGCUGCAAACCAGAAAUGUAAAAACAUUUUGGUUUCUGUGACAAAGAUUGUAAUAGCUAACUGUGGAACAAAAGAACAAAUGUGAAUCCUAGUCUAUGCAAAGUAUGAACUCCCUUUAAAUUUUAGUUGUUGUACUCGGGAAAGUUAAUUCAUUGGGAAAUUAAUGGACAGUCACAAGCCUAAAACCUGAUAUUAAGCAUGAUAAAUGCUCAAUUUUUAAAAAGAAUACAUUUUUCUUUUAUAGCAUCAGUAACCUGGGACCAUAAAAGUUGUUUUUUUCUUUUCAUCAGAAGCAUAAGUCAAUCAUCUCAAACUUUAUAAUGGCAGGGUCUUGUAUUUCCGCUUCCUUUGUACAUUGCUAAACGGAACCAAAGAAAUGCAGUAUAAGUAUAAUCGGAUUACCGAUGAAACACUUGAUGACAUUGUCAGUUUGUUCUCACUCUGUUCGCUGUGAUAACAGAUCAGAGCACAGGCAAAAUCUUAUUAAAAGAGAUGACUUGCUAACAGCACGUGCAUGCUCUCGUAUUGCAAAAAGGUCUUGAUUAACACGGAGUCUUGUGUGCAUUAUGUAACUCCGGUUCGCUAUGCAAGCAAGGUGGGUUCGUUGUAAUCAUUGACGACUUCUUGACGAAGUGAGGCUGGAGUGGAGCAGAAGUUGCCAGCAAACACUUUGUGAAUACCGUCUCAUGUCUUGUGCUGACAUUGCGGUCAUUCAUGUGUCUGCCUGGAUUUGUGAAUCAGUGACUGGAUCAAGUGAAUUGUAAAUUUUACUUCCUUUAACAAAGAUUUAUGACACUUUGGUUUUUGUUUGAAAUUUCUCACGCUAAACUUUUAAACUCGUGUGUAAGUCAAUCAAGCCAAAAUCGUCAAACGCAAAGCAAAGUUCUGCAUGUUAACAGCAUGAACUGAGACUGAUGAAACUUUAUUAGAUUGACUUCCUCUGCUUCCUGGGAAAUUCUUUGGUGAUGGUUGAUAGAUGCAUGCAAUAACUUUCUGUGAAAGAACUACAAGCUUUAUCAUAGUGUGCUGCUCCGCUCCUCUUCCCCUUUUCUCACUUUUCUCAGAAUUUAUUUUUACCUUAUUUUUGCCGCACUAACGAUUACGUUGCAUUUAAAGGGCUUUUUUAAGCAUCACCUAGUGAUUUAGGUGAGGGUCAUUGAGGUAUUUGUUGGCUUUUUUUUUGGUAAAAGGUGUGAUAACUUUAUGUGUGAUUGGGGGACAACAGGACCACGCUUUUGUGAAAAUAUUGGAAGCAGUCUUUUACUGAAAGAACACAGUGCAACUUUUGUCUUGUUCAUGUAAAAUAAAAGUGAAUAUGUCUACAA